AAUGCUGCAUUGCGCAGGAUGUGGAAGCUCCUGCUUCUUCCAAUCCCAGCGACGCCCUCCAGGUAUGCUGCAGGGCAGAGAUUACAGGAGAAUGCAGGCCAGAAAGAUUGGCCGGGCAGGGUCUAGCGCCAUUGUUUUGGCAUCCAAGAACAAAUCCAGGAAGAAGAAUGUGGAGGACGAUGUCGCUGCAUAUACGACGGCUGCGUUGCCUCUGCUAGAGGAGUAUGCUGCCGGAUACAGCGUGGCUGUGCUAGAGAAGAAGAAAGAUUUGUCAUCCAAUCUGGGAGCAAAGGAAACUUUGCAGCGUGAGAAAUCUUCUUCCAAGAAAUCCUCGCUGGAAGAGUUUCUCAAAGGGAAAGUUCGACCAUUGGACGAGGACGAAGAGAAAGAAGAGAAGGAAGACGAGAGAGUCGAAGUUUGGGAAGGCGACUUGGGAAGCCCAAUGACCGCCGAGGAGGAGCGCAAGCUACUGGCUGAAGCUGAGAAGGAGCUCUCGGAGCUCAGGAAGAUGCAUGGAGAGCGUUCCAUUUUUGAGAAUCGCUCGAAGCUUGGGAUCGAAGAGGACGACGAUGACGACCGCGUGGAAGUUUGGAAGGGAGAUAAGAUGGAAGUCUGGAACGAAGAGGAGGACUCUUCCACAGAUGUUUCUACGAGUGACAAGGAAGAUCGAGCAGGAAACAAGAAAGGCGUGCCUGCUGUGAUGAGGUGCUUCGAUCGAGCAAAGAUUUACGUGAAAGCUGGGGAUGGUGGCAAUGGCGAGGUGGCCUUUCGAAGAGAAAAAUACAUCCCUCACGGUGGUCCAUCGGGUGGUAAUGGCGGACGAGGUGGAAACAUAUACAUCGAGGUUGAUCCAUCGCUCAACUCGCUGCUGUGCUUCCGGAAGAGCGUGCAUUUUCGUGCCGGACGCGGCAGCCACGGCCUUGGCAAGUCCCAGGAUGGAGCUUUUGGAGACGACUGCGUCGUGAAAGUCCCGCCUGGAACAGUGGUGAGAGACGCGAAGAAUUCAGAGACGCUACUCCUGGAGAUGACAAAAGCUGGACACAGGGAAUUGCUGCUUCCGGGAGGCCGUGGUGGCCGUGGAAAUGCUGCGUUCAAGUCGGCGAAGAACAAGACUCCUCAGCUGGCGGAGCGAGGCGAGCAAGGAGCCGAAAUGUGGGUCGAUCUGGAGCUUAAACUUGUGGCAGACGUGGGAAUUAUAGGUGUUCCAAACGCUGGAAAGAGCACGCUACUAAGUGCUAUCAGUGCUGCUCGUCCCGCCAUUGCUGCAUAUCCAUUCACGACACUACUACCCAACCUUGGAGUGGUGUCGCUGGACUUCGAUGCAACGAUGGUUAUAGCGGACUUGCCCGGGCUUCUCGAAGGUGCUCACGCUGGAUACGGCCUCGGUCACGAGUUUUUACGCCACACUGAGCGCUGUCGAGUCCUGAUUCAUGUUAUAGACGGUACGAGUCCACAGCCAGAAUUCGAGUACGAUGCAGUGCGACUGGAGCUGGAACUGUUUGAUCCUCGCCUUUGCUCCAAACCAUCCAUUGUUGCUUUCAACAAGAUGGAUGUCCCAGAGGCUGCUGAACGCUGGGAAAGUUUCCGGAAAGCUAUGGAGUCUCGUGGAGUGGAGGUUCGUUCCAUGAGCGCCGCAACCAUGGAGGGCACAUUGCAAGUUGUGCGUCAUGCGUAUAAGCUUCUACAGACAGCCCCAGUUGAAGAACCCGUGUCGAUCUCGAACGACGUAGCUUCGAUGGUGAAAAAGGAGCGAAGUAGUCCCAUUGGAGAAUUUAAGGUGGACGUCGACCCAGAAUCAGACCUGUGGCACAUUUACGGUGCUGGUGUGGAGCGCUUCACGCAAAUGACUAACUGGGAGUAUUUCGAGUCCUUGCAACGAUUCGAGCGGGUCUUGGAAUGCAGCGGCAUAAAUGCCGAGCUAAAGAGUAGAGGAAUUCACGAAGGAGACAAAGUUGCGAUCGGAGAUCUAGUUUUCACUUGGCACGAUUCCAAUGAUAUUGCAAAUGUGGGGACUUGGAGACGCGGCCAGAGAGGCUCAAAGAGUUGGCCACACUGAUGCCUCGUUUGUACAAAAGGUGAUAUUUUUAUCUACAAUCUUUCGCUUCUCA